AUGGUAUGGUAUGGCAUGUAUGAAACGUCCAUUCGUGUGGUUAGCAGUCUAGCUCAUAGCCAUGAGGUAAUAAUUAGCCCACAUUGUCCAGUUGACGAAAGCCAACCACUUGUGCUGGGACAUAUUCAUGAGGUGCACUACGUCAGCCUUCUACCGUCUCACGACUAUGUGGAAAUACAGAGAGCAGAAGGACAUGAAGCAGAGUUGGCUUAUGAAAGGACUUUGAAAGAUGAAUAUGUAAGAGUUUACCAUGGUCGAAUCAUGCUCAUUGGUCAGUAUCGUGCAGGUAAAACCAGUUUGAAGAAGAGCCUCUUAGGCCUCCCAUUUGAUCCUAAAGAACAGAGCACUGAUGGGAUUGAAGUGGAUCCGUCAAAGUGUGAAAUUGAUGUUGACCAAGUAAGAAAUUGGCAAUCUACAGAUGAGAACAAACCAGGACUGUUGGAAUGUGCUAAAGAUGUGGCAGAGAUUGUGGCAGAGAAAUUAGUCAGGAGGCAAGGAAAAGAUGAAGAAGAUAGUUCAGGAGAAGAAGAGUGCUCUGAUGAUAAAGCUGAGGCAGAGGAGGACAAAGGCAGUGAAAAUUACCAGGAUUCGGAGAAACAAAACUCACCAAAUGGACCUGAGGCUGAGGCAGAGGAGGACAAAGGCAGUGAAAAUUUCCAGGAUUCCGAGGAACAAAACUCACCAAAUGGACCUGAGAUACAGAUUGACACUUCGCCUCCAGAUGAGAUCAUAAAAUAUGUUCAUCAGUGGCUAGAGUAUAUCAAACGUAGAGGUGACAUCAACAGAGAAGUUAUCUUAAGUUUAGACAUGUGGGAUUUUGCAGGGCAGCAUUUGUACUAUGCCAGUCACCCUAUCUUUCUAUCAUCACGAGCACUGUACAUAUUGGUGCACAAUCUUAGUAAGCCACUAGAUACUCUAGCUGAGCCUUGCGUCAGACAAGGGACCACUGAUGUCAAAUUGGAAAACUGCAACAAUGAAACAAAUAUAGAGAAUUUGUUGUCAUGGCUGGCCACAGUUCACAGUGUUGCCCAAGCACCAGUAACUGAUGACACAGAUAAUGAUGCACAGCACAAGUUGCCCUACCUCCGCCCCCCAGUGUUCAUUGUUGGCACACAUGCUGACAAACCAGUUGAUGACAUUGCAGUGAUAAAAAAACAAAUAAAGGAGAGAAUUUCUGGCAAGGAAUAUGAGAAGCAUGUGGUGCGGCCUCUCUACUGCAUUGACAACACAAGAUCAUCAUCAAAACAACCAGGUAUGCAGUGCUCUCCUGAAACAGGGGUGGCCAGCAUUUUCACUAUUUUCACUAGCUACUCAGAAUUGCCCACUACUGUUAUAAGAAAAAAUGAUAAUGAAAUCAAUGCUGAUAACUUCUGUGGAGAUGCAAUUCCAUUGCUACAAAACAGUAUCAUGGAAGUGUUAAGAAAGGAACCAUACAUGGAAGAGAAAAUCCCAAUCAGGUGGUUCCUAUUUGAAAAGGUGAUUGAAGCUUUAUUGGCCAAACAAAUUUAUCACAGAAGUGUGCAACAACUUGAACACUAUGCAAGGAAAGAGUGUUUCAUGAAAGAUCCAGAUGAGUUUGACUCCAUGAUCAGUUUUUACCAUGACCUGGGAAAGAUAAUUAAGCACCGCAGUACAGUUGUACUGAAGGCUCAAUGGUUGAUUGAACUCUUCAAGCAGCUGAUAACCGUUCCACAUUUUGAUAAAGUGAAGGAACCACUGUAUGCCAAGUACUGGCAAGAACUUGAAGAAAGUGGUAUCCUUAGCAUGAAACUUGUUGAUCACGUUUUCUCAAGCUUUACUGGCCAAGGAAUUGUCAAAGAAGAUAUCCUAGGCAUGAUGGAGCAAUUUGGUUUAAUUGCUAAGUUCUCUGAUUCUUCAAAUAAUUUGAAGUACUUUGUACCAGCUCAGUUAAAGUCGUCACCUGAUGAACUCUUAAAAUUGAGGCCAUCGUCAACUGAUCCAUGUCCAUUGUAUCUCCACUUUGUCCAUGGCUUUGUCCCUCAUGGUCUAUUCUUACAGCUUGUCUCACGGUCUAUUCGUUGGUGUUCCAAGACAUGGGCCGAGCAUCAACCAACCCUGCACCAAAAUGUAGUAUGGUUCAUCAUUGGGAAAGAUAUUCAUGAUUUUGUCCUCAUAUGCGAAAAAAGAUACGUGAAGGUAGUCUUGAGACAAAGAGCACAAAGUCACCAGGUGUUAGGACAAAACUCAGCCGAACUAGCAAUUCUCGUUCGUGAGUUUCUUGAAAAAACUCUACAGGCUUUGCAGCAGGAACUGCCGUACCUGAGAGGACUACAGUAUGAGCUGUGUGUUGCUUGUCCAUAUUGUCAUCAAGGGACAGAGGAACCACUUUAUGCAUGCAUCAAAACCACUUGCAUACACAAGGACUGCUUCCACCUUAUUGAUGCAAAUGAGGGUCAACCAACAAUCUGUAAGCGGAAACUCUCGGAUAAAGUGAUGGCCUGUUGUGGGCUGGAGAAAUGGUUCUCUAGAAGAAGCCAGGAGUCUGCUCCACUCAGUGAAGUUUGUUCAUCCCAUAGCCCUUCACCUGGGGGAAAUUCUUUAAAAGAAGGCGUACCAUCAAAAGACGAAUUGGAAGAAAUAGCUUACAAAAUUGGCAAAAAGUGGAUUAAGCUUGGGCGUCGCCUGAAAGUUGAGGAUGCAAUGCUAGAGGUUAUAACAGACAAAUACAACGAGCUGGACGAGAGAGCAUAUCACAUGUUAAAACACUGGCAACAGGAGAAAGGUUCCGAAGCAACUUACCAAGUUUUGAAUGAUGCAUUACAGGAUAAACUUGUGCAGCGUAAAGAUUUAGCUGAACAAUAUUGCUACAACCAAGGUCAUACAGAAAAGAGAAGAAUCGAAGAUGACAGUUUCCCUCGUCAAAAGGAAGAGACUUCCAAAAGACUGAAAGGAGAUUAAUGUUCUGAAACAGACGAGGUAGGAAGGUUUGGUUGCCGAAUCCUCAAUAUCGUGCAAGAAUUUGUUUUCCAUUUACUCGUGGCAAAGAGGCGUGGUAACCAGUUGAUUAAAUACACUAACGUCCUCCCUCCUUUCUCUUCAGCUGUUAAAUUACACUUCAUCUGGAGCCUACUAUCCUAGAAAUAGGGCAGUACAGCGGUCUAGUCCAGUGGUCCCCGACCAGAAGAGAAUGCGCCUGGCGACCUUCGUGGACGAGUGAAAAGCGAUGAUCUCGAAGACCGAAACAAUAUGAUAAAGGAAUUCAAAUAAAAAUGAAAAUAAAAUGAACGGAAAAGAAAACUGAAUUAAUUUAUUCGGUAGAUGGAAUCGCUGAUUGCGAAAGAGACCAUCUGUAAAAAAAAAUUGAAAAAAAAAGCGUUUUUGAGUAUUUAGUCUGGCAGUUCAAUUUUGAAAUUAUGUCAAUACUUGUAUAGGCUUGCAUUACACACGGCCGACAAAUUGUAUAAGGAUGAAAUUAUAAGACGAUUUAUCAUCACUUAAUUUGGGCGAUUGUAAGCGAUUGUAAAAUUUCUGGGGUAAAAUUCUCAUCCCCUAAUCAUGAAUUCAACAAACUGUCGCAAAAUACAUGCAGAGGAGAAGACGUUCUCUGAGAUAAAAAAUUGUAGGUGACCCCAGUAUCCUCCAUUUUUCGUAAGUGAAAAGAAAACCUCAGUGAUCUCACAGGACGCUUGUAGCAAAUAUAGGAAAUAUUUAUAUCAAGGGUGUCUGUACCUAAAAAAGAAUGAUACCGUAUGUGUUUCUCUGCCCGCUGGAAGAUUGGAGACGAGGUUAUCAAAACAUUUUCUUGACUUCCUUGUCAGCAUCGAAACAUCCUCUACAGAUUUGAUGGAUUUUGAAAAUUCUGAGAUCAGUAUAAUCCUCUUUCUCUGAUUAUAUGUUCAAAUUGAUAAAAGUAAACAAAUACGAGAGGACAUCCUCUUGGACCAUGUACGAAACAAAACAGGAGAGACAGAUGCAAAUGCACGUAGCAUAAUAAAUUUUUCGGAAGUGUUAUUGAGCCAGUGCUGUAUAUCGUAAAGCUAAUCAGCUCUUGAACAGCUACCUAUGCGACCGGAAAUUUCGAGUCAAAACCGGCAGUCAUGCGAGCUCGUCCCGGACAGUCAGCCCUAGCUGCCCUAAGGGCUCUGCCCUGGGUCCACUGCUAUGGAAUGUAAUUCAAAAUGACUUGCCCUUUAAUUUUUUUGGUUGAGUCGAGCUUGUCGAUGUAUUUAGACGACCACCGGAUGUACGACAUCGGAAAUGAACAAUCCAGUGUUGCCUCGGAGCUUAGAGAAACCGCGCGCACUACCACUAGCUGGUACGACUCC